AGCGCUGCAGACUCAUGAAAGUGUGUGCUGAGAGUCAGGAGCCAGCUGAGGAGUGGAGCAGUACCAGAGCAGUUCCUGGAGAUCUGCAGCCUCCCCCCCCUGGACACGGAUCUCUGUCGGAGAUGAGCGGACCGCCACGGCCGGAACAGCCUCCCUUUGGUCUGGGAACUUUUCACCGUCCUGAUUAUCACUGGGGAACUUUGAAUUAAGAGACACAGUUACCAGAGUAAGGAGCGAUAAAGUGGAUCAAGACGAUCGCACCGUUCCUUGGAUAACGGCCACGAUAAACAGCAAAUCCCAGGAUGAAGACCGGCCUCCUCUUGUUGGAGUUACUCCUCCUGACGGCUCACAUAUUUGUGGCCAGCGGACAGUCGGAGCCAAAGAAGCCGGCGCCGCAGGCGCCUCUCUCCGCCACCCAGAGGUCCGGCCUGGUGGAAAGGGAGGUCCAGAGUCCGGUGAGGCCCAACGUCACCAUGCCCCGCCGCCGCCUGCCCCCCAUGUGCUCCGGGCCCACGGAGAUCCGGGACACCUUCAAGUACAUCAACACCGUGGUGUCCUGCCUGGUGUUCGUCGUCGGCAUCAUCGGUAACUCCACUCUGCUGAGGAUCAUCUACAAGAACAAGUGCAUGAGGAACGGGCCCAACAUUUUGAUCGGUAGCCUGGCACUGGGAGACCUGCUGCACAUCAUCAUCGGCAUUCCUAUCAAUGUUUACAAGCUCCUGGCGGAGGAUUGGCCGUUCGGGGUGACGCUCUGCAAACUGGUGCCGUUUGUCCAGAAGGCGUCUGUGGGGAUCACCGUGUUGAGUCUCUGCGCUCUGAGCAUCGACAGGUAUCGUGCAGUGGCCUCCUGGAGCCGCAUCAAAGGCAUCGGAGUCCCCAAGUGGAUGGCCAUCGAGAUAGCGCUCAUCUGGAUCCUGUCCAUCAUCCUGGCCGCGCCGGAGGCCGUGGCCUUCGACAUGAUCACCAUGGACUACAAAGGAGAGGACCUGAGGAUCUGCCUGCUGCACCCCAUGCAGAAAACAGAGUUCAUGAGGUUCUAUAAAUCAGCCAAGGACUGGUGGCUGUUCGGGGCGUAUUUCUGCCUGCCGCUGGCCUGCACCGCCCUGUUCUACACCCUGAUGACCUGCGAGAUGCUGAGGAAGAAGAACGGCGUCCAGAUCGCCCUCAGCGACCACCUCAAACAGCGGAGGGAGGUGGCGAAGACGGUGUUCUGCCUGGUUCUGGUCUUCGCUCUCUGCUGGCUGCCUCUCCACCUCAGCCGUAUCCUGAAGAUCACCAUCUACGACGAGAAGGACCCGAACCGCUGUGAGCUGCUGAGCUUCUUCCUGGUGUUGGACUACAUUGGCAUCAACAUGGCCUCUAUCAACUCCUGCAUCAACCCCAUCGCCCUCUACAUGGUCAGCAAGCGCUUCAAGAACUGUUUCAGGUCCUGUCUGUGCUGCUGGUGCCUGCCGGCUGAGAUGUUGAUGGAUGAGAAGCAGUCGUGUAUGAAACUUAAAGUUACCGAACGGGCUUCCGAUCAGAGCAAUUCCCGCCUGACCAAUAAGUCCACCACAGCCUGAGAAGGCGCCUGGACGGCAGAGAUGAGGGAUUUACAAGGACCUGAACACAAUGACACCGAGAAAUAAAAAACAACAACCCAAAAUAAAUUUGAUCUAUGACUGAAUGAAUGCGGUUGAAGCCCCAUUCUUUUCCUCAUCUACAACAUCAUAAAAGUGUCCACAUAAAGUGCCCAGAUGUGCAUUUGGAAGUCAACUUACACUGAUGUUCGUUCUAAUGUGAAACUCUUCUUCUUAUUAUUAUUAUUAUUAUCUCCCUGUACAAGGAGACAUAGGCUUUAUUCCAAAUCCCUCACACGUGCACUUACAAUCACUAUUGUUAUAGCACUGAUUACUAUAUUGUCGUGCACGCUGCAAGUUCCUGUGUGAUCCACUCUUGCAGUCGGAGGAGCUGCAUGUGGACUGUUGGACACCACACCCGUCCUGUUGACGUGGUACAUUGAACUCACCUCAGGAAGAAUGCCGGGAUACUUUAGAUCAAACAGAGAUCUUCAGCACCGAGAACAGCGUGGCCUUGAACUCCCCUAGAAAAGAUACAGAAGAAGGAAAAUUGGCUUGACUCUGUUUUGCCCAUCUGAAUGUUUAGGAGCACAGACCGUAUGCCCGUCAAGCACGGAUGGAAACCAAGCGCAGCAACAUCUGCAGAAACUCACCCCACUGCUAAGCAAGGCGGCGGAGGUGUCACGGUUUGGGGCUCGUGAUGUGAGUUGAACAUGGAACGUGGAGUAAAAUGAAAGUGACUGAAACCGAGUCAUGCAACAGGGCAAUGACCCCAAACGCAAGUAAAUCUACGACUGAAUGCAUGAAAAAAUGAACGAAUCUCGGUGCUAAAAUCGCUCAGAUAAAGUCCAGACUUCAGCAUGAAUACAACACAUUGGCAGGAUGUUGAGAAGGCUUUGUAUAACUGGAUGCCUGCAGACUUCAAUGAACUGAAGUAACAUUGAAAAGGCUUCUGCACUUUGGCUUCGUUUUCAUUUCAUCAAAUCGAUAUGCCCCGUGCUUCUGAGUCAUAAAGUUAGCUGUACCUUCCAAACGAUUGCCACAAAGCACCGGUGCCUUUCAGAAGCCGAAGUCUAGCACAAGCUUUAGAUCUGUGAGAAAUGAAAGCAAACUGGUCUGAAUAACAACAGUAAAGGACAGAGUUCAAAGUCCAACCAUGUCAUGUAAAACUGAGGUUGAUGAACAAAAACGGCUGGUUUUGCCGAUGAUUCUCUCAGAAAUGUAUGUAUUUGAGAUAAACUGUCAUUGUGUAUAGAGCAUUUUGCAUGCUUCUGCAUACCUCCUACACGAAUGCUUAUAAAGAUCUGUUUUCUAUCAA